GUCACAAUCGAUUUUCUGCUCAACAGCACGGCAAUAUGCACAUUCACUAUAGUUUUAUAGCUUCUUAGCACGUCGAAGGAAAACACCUCCAAGUCCGGUCAAAUGCCAACCUCACUUCUAGACCUGCCCAAUGAACUCCUUGAACAAAUAGUUCAGCUAGCAUUGACCUACGACAACCCCCCACCCGACUGCCCUCAGGCCCCGUAUGAGGGUUAUGUGUCUGGGCCACGGAAGGCACCCUGUCGUUCGUGGAGCUACGGGCCGAGCCAUGUUAAGUACCAGAAAAAACAGGAUUGGCAGUCAGGCUGUCUAUCCCUUCUUCUACUCAACCGACGAAUAGCGGACAUUGCAAGGAGGAGGCUAGACCCGUUAGAUCCAGUGCCUUGUUCGUUAAGGCUUGACGUUAUCCUGGCCAAUGAGACAGAUUUACUGCCAACCUGGUGCUUUCUUUCAAAGGUCUGUCGGCGUGUCGAUGAUCUCACCGCCACCUUCAGGAUAAUUGGUACUAGCCCAACGCUGGAAGGUCGCAGGCAGAGGUUUCGUCCGGGAGAUGGUACUCCACCUCCAAUUCUCUGGAGCUUCUAUUAUAUAUUGGAACGUUUUCUCGAGGUUGGCCCUCUGGCAGAACAUAGACUGCCCACAGCCUCGCCUCGUAGCAAACGUAUGCCGUUCAGUAUCAACCGACUCAAUCUGGACUUCGUCUCAUCCAAAGAUGGUACAGUGGCACCACCGCAUAUAGGUGUUUUUAACUGGAUAGGCGGCAUUGACAACGAGGAUGACAUAGAGUCCUCUGUAUGGUCAUCCAGUGAUUUGGCUUCCUGGCUCAUGAGACCGGAAUGGCUGGCAGAGUUUAUCAGCGGCUACAUCCGAUAUCUACUUCGCAUGGGUGGCAGGGCGGAACUCCACGGAGCAAUGAUAUAUGAGUAUGUGGGGAGUAUCCGGAUCUGUGUCGACGGGAACCUUUUGGAGGAAUAUCGCCUGGAUUACAUCUUGAAGGAUCUGAAUUUAACGUAUGGCUUUGAUGAAAUCAGACGCAAUUUCUUUGUUCGAUGGAAAGCGAAGGCUUAUCGUGUUCGUCAGGAAGCCGGACUUCCAGUUAUUAUUUGAUGUUCUCUUGAUUAGGACUAUCCCUCGUUGCUUCUUU